AUGAAGGACAUAGGCGGCAAUCAUGAAGCGCACCACCUCUGCGUCCUCGUCCACGGAUUAUGGGGAAAUCCCAACCAUCUCGAGUUCAUGGCCAAAUCCCUACGAGAAAAGAACCCCCAGGACAGUCUGCAUAUCCUCGUCGCGAAACGCAAUUCCGGAAGUUUUACAUAUGACGGUAUUGAAUUGGGCGGCGAGCGGGUGUGCCAGGAGAUAGAGGAGGAAAUAGAGAAGUCCGCCAAUCAAGGACAUGUUAUCACGAAGCUGUCGCUUGUAGGGUAUUCUCUCGGCGGCCUUGUUGCGAGGUACGCAGUCGGCUUGCUCGAGAGCAAAGGCUUGUUUGACGAGAUAACACCAGUGAACUUCACUACUUUCGCGAGCCCACAUCUCGGAGUACGGUCCCCGUCAAGGGGCUGGCAUAGCCAUCUCUUCAACAUUCUAGGAGCUCGAACUUUGUCCGCGUCGGGCAGACAGCUUUUCACAAUAGACAAAUUCCGAGACACGGGAAGACCGCUAUUGGAAGUUCUCGCCGAUCCAGAAUCGAUAUUCAUCAAGGGACUAGCCAAAUUCCGGAGGAAGACGCUUUACGCAAAUAUUGUGAAUGACCGGAGCGCAGUCUAUUACACUACAGGCAUUGCGAAAACUGAUCCUUUCACGAAUCUCGACAAGAUCAAGAUCAAUUAUAUGAAAGGCUAUGAUGAUAUUAUCCUUGACCCACAGCGUCCAAUAGAGCCUCUUGAACCAAAAGAACCUCAUCAUACCUUCUACGAGUCUGUCCUAAAAACCAGCCAAACAACAUUUGGCCGCUUACCUUUAUUUCUAGCGCUGGGUAUCUUCAUUCCCGUCGCUGUGGUAGCCUUUCUCAUAAACUCCGGUAUACAAUCCGUUCGAAGUAACCGAAGAAUCAAACUCCAUGAAAGCGGUCUUGCUGGAAUCCAACCGGGCAACUACAGAGUACCCCUCCUAAUCGCCGGAAUGCGAGAAGCUGUCGAAGAUGUUUACGAGAACUUGAACAGUGCCCAAAACCAUGAAUACCUUGUCCCAGGAACGGAAGAAGAGGCAGCGCAAGAACCAUGUUCUCCCAUUACCGAACAACCGUCGUCUUCCUUACCAGAUAGCCCAACGAAAAUCCUCAAGCAUCGAGCGCCCGAGAAAUUAGAACCGCAUCCACAUGAGCUGCCUACCUUGGCCCUUGCUCCCUUCCAGUUCCGCAUGAUCCAGGCAUUGGAUAACGUUGGUUGGCGAAAAUAUUUAGUGUAUAUUCAUAAAGUGAGACAUAGCCACGCAGCAAUCAUAGUAAGGACCCAGAAGCCGAGUUUUGACGAAGGCCGAGUGGUACUUAGUCAUUGGCUAGAUGAAGAGUUUAUUAUCUAA